GAAGUCAGGGCACAGAGACAAACACAGCAGAAUCCACCAGCAUGUUCUGAAUCCGCACCAAGGACACUGCAUUGUGUUAGCAAGAUCUGCGCUGUCUCCUUUGAAGGUCUUUGCAGAUUUGGAUAAAAUCCCAAAAAGUGGCAUCCCUGCUUAGCAUAUGGAGGCUGAAGCAAACCGCAGAGGUUUCCGUGAUGUGAGAUUAAUCUUGAUUCAAGAGCAACUGUAAGCUAAGAAAUCUACGUGAACUGUGCAGAGUGGAUCCAACAACAAAAAACAGCCAUAACGGAAGUGAAAAAACGAAUCCUGCUCUCAAGAUGAGUUCUGAAAACAAAGUCAAUUUAGCAAAUAAUGUUGUGAAUGGAAUAACCCCAAUCUGCAAUGUUCAGGAAAAAGCCAUUGACUCUCCUUUAAGUGUGCGUUCAGUUUCUGCUGUUACAAUCAUUCCUGUGAAGACACUGAACAGUUUUCCUGAUCUUGUGCCCAUCCCAGAAGCAGAUCCCACUAGAGUUUGCACAGGGAAAGGAGCAGUGACUCUUAGGUCGUCUACUGCACACGGAGAAGUUGUUAAACGACGAUCCACGCUGGAUAUUGAGCUGUCACAGAACGAAACACCAAGUGAAGGCGACCCCGAUGAUCGACCUCCUUCGGCAUUGGAGUCUAAUGGGGAUGCUCAGCAUUCGGCUCUGGCAGCCAAAGGUUUCCGUAGUGUUCGACCUAAUCUAACUUCUGAUGGCAAGUCAAAGAUAUCUCUUCCUCCCCCCAUUCCUCCUCCCCCUAAAGAGGAGAGCUUUGCAUGGCGUCCACAUACUAACACUAAACUGUCUUACCUAAAACCAGUACCAAUUCUGGACUGCAUGUACAUGAAUACUCCUAAGCCUUAUGUACCUCCCACAGCGUCAGGAGCUAACUUACACCAUCACUCUUCACCGUGUGUUCCCACUGGAUUCCAGGACAUAUCAGCAGACCACUCUAACUUCCCAGCAUCUUCCAUUCACGCUGAUCCACAGCAUGUUGAUAGUAUUUCCUUAUCAGACACGUCACCCAAGCACCACCCCAGUGAGUCUAGCGGUCUGGAUAGAAGUGUUGUUGGAAUGAAUUCCAGUCAUGAGACUAAAGCUGACAAAAAGGUCAGCAGUCUAUAUGUAGCUUGUUUAUCUAACAGCACUGGCUCAGCUGCAUCUGAAAAUCCCACCGGCGUUGCACAUGAUAAAACAGAGGGUGCUGAAUUGGAAGCUGAUGUAACUAAAUCACCAGCCACAAACAUUGUUACUUCGAUAAUAGACACCGGAAAAUCCCCACCUCCCAUCCCUCCCAGGCCAUUCUAUGACCCUUUCCCAAGUAAAAAUUCAGUUAGCUAUGGUGAAAUAGAUACUUUCUGGAGUCAGUAUCCUCUUGAUCAAGAUAUGGGACAACGCACAGAGCCAGAUACACAGCAUCCUGCUUCUCGUACGAACAUGACUGCAAAGGAACCUUAUUUCCCAUCAAGGCAAAAACAACCCUUAAGGUUCCAGGGAUACAGACACAUGGAUUGCACUUCAAACACAGCUCAGCCUGGGGUUAUAAUAGUACCACUCAUCCAGGUUAAAGCUGAAAGAGAGCAAGACGCAAUACCGAGCACUCCACCACCACCCCUUGUACCAGUUGGCAAACUCUCAGCAUCUCCAGAACUUGUCAGCACUCCUUUGGCUUUACCUACACUCGAUGAUUUUAUACCCCCUCAUCUGCAAAAGGGAUCAAACCAUAUCCCAAACUCUAACGAUUACUCUAUUUCAAACAAUCUGCCACCAUUAUCUCCACCACCUUCACUGGUUCCUCCAGUAACGGAGGAUUCAUACAGAGUCUCCGGACAUGAAUUCAGUGGAGUCGACUCUCACACAGAUCCUGUGGCAGAUGAAGUUUCGGCGUACAGUUUAACUAAUGAUAAACUGCCCUCACUUGCUCCAGCUAGCAAACCUUCUGUGUACCCCUCAACAACUACUGUAAACCCAACUAUUGUACUAUUGCAGCACAACAGAGAACAGCAAAAGCGACUUAGUAAUUUGCCAGUAGAUCCUGCCUUCGAUAGAUCUCCUGUUGAAAAAGCACAUCCAGUAAUCGUACCGGAGAGGAAAUGCCAGGAUAACAGCCAGACAGAGAAAAGGGCAAUGGAUUAUACGAGGAGGGAAAUCCGAACCCCUCAUUAUCCUGGGGAUGUCUCUUCGGAUGACUUUGGAAUACCACUACGGUGGACAGAGUUUUUGUCUAACACAGAGAGAUCAAAGGAUUGGUACAAGACCAUGUUCAAACAAAUCCACAGACUGAACAAAGACUCUCCAGAGAAAAACCCUUACUGUCCUACAUACAUAUUUCCUGAGUCUACUGAGGUCAAACCUAAAACAGAAGAGCACAAUCCUUAUACUCCCACGUACCAGUUUCCUGCUUCCACUCCUAGCCCUAGUUCUGAAGAUGAUGAUUCUGAUUCAUACCCCAAUUAUGGACGCCAUUCAUAUUCAGAAGAUGCAAAAUCCCAGUCCCCAGUGCCUCGCUCUAAGAGCGAGAUGGAUAACAUUGAUAUUGAAAAUAGUGUUCGUAGAUCAGUCACACUGCCUCUUCCAACAAGGUCCUCUUCACUCAAACCAAACCAUGAACGGAAUGACUGGGAUCCCCCAGACAAGAAGGUCGACACUCGAAAAUACAGAGCGGAGCCAAGGAGCAUUCAUGAAUAUCAGCCCGGGAAGUCCUCUGCUCUUGACAACGAAAAGAUGACUCGGGAUAAAAGUCCAGAAGAGAUAGAUUUAAAGAAUGAACCUUGGUAUAAAUUCUUUUCGGAAUUGGAAUUUGGGAAACCGCCUCCAAAAAAGAUUUGGGAUUAUACUCCGGGGGAUUGCUCAAUCCUUAAAAUAGAGGAUAGGAAGACUGAGCUAGAAAAAGACCUGUAUCAGUACGAGACUGAGUUAGAUGCAGAUUUAGAGAGAAUGGACAAGUGUUAUAAAGCGUCUGAUAAAAGGACCUCAACUUCAAAUCGCCCGGAAGACGUGCUCCCUUAUUCCUAUACACCUAGCUACCACUUCAACAGAGGCACAGAGGAGUCCGGCCAGGAGGAUCCUGCCCUGUCUGACAACGAGAGACAGAUAUAUAAAAAUGUUUUAGAAGGAGGAGAUAUUCCGCUUCAGGGCCUGAGCAGCCUGAACAGGCGUCCCUCCAGCUCCGCUUCCAAUAAAGUAGAUUCAGAGUCACAGAGGUAUUUUGCACCUAUGGACCAUAUGGACGCACCUGAAGAGCUAGUCCGCCGACGUUACGACAGUAAAGAGAAACUUUUAGAGGAUCAGCGAAGACUUAAGCGUGAGCAAGAAGAAGCUGAUAUUGCAGCUAGAAGGCAUACUGGGAUUAUCCCUUCUCAUCACCAGUUUAUCACUAAUGAACGAUUUGGAGACCUUCUUAAUGUAGACGAUGCAUCAAAGAGGAGAUCUCGGUCUGAGAUGAGGCAGGCAAGAGCCAAGUUUGAUUUUAAAGCACAGUCUCUAAAGGAGCUACCUUUACAGAAAGGUGAUGUUGUUUACAUUUACAAGCAAAUUGAUCAAAACUGGUAUGAAGGAGAGCACCACGGGAGGGUCGGAAUCUUCCCAAUAUCAUAUAUUGAGCUUUUCCCACAAGCAGAGAAAGUAGAGCCGCGGAAAGCAUCACCUGUGCAAGUCCUGGAGUAUGGAGAUGCUGUUGCCAAGUACAACUUCAAUGGAGAUACAGCAGUGGAAAUGUCAUUUAAGAAGGGGGAGCGAAUUACGUUAAUUCGUAGAGUUGAUGAAAACUGGUAUGAAGGGAAAAUAUCUGGUACCGGCCGCCAAGGAAUAUUCCCUGUAACUUACAUAGAUGUCAUCAAGAGACCCCGCGUAAAAAACUCGGCUGAUUAUAUGGAUAUACCUUUGUCCUAUUCUCCAAACCGAAGCACAAGUGCUUCACCACAGUUUCCUGUUUAUAGCAGGCCUCAUACUACUACUCCACCUCUUGUCCCACGCCGAGCUUUCUCACCCGAAGUGCAGGCUAUCACUUCUGAAUGGAUUUCUCUUACAAUGGGUGUUUCACGUAAUAGCACUCCCACUGCAACCCCUCCUCUCCCUCCAUUGCCAGAAGCCAGAUUAUGUAUCAUAGACUACAUCACACCCUCUGCGGCAGCCAGCCCUACUCUUUCUGUAACCCCUUCUGUCAGUCUACAUUAUAACAAUCAUUCGGGCAGUUCCACCCCAUAUUCUGCCAUUUCCCCAUUGCCAACAUAUCCAUCCAGGCCACAGUCCUCCACUCGAUUAAGUUAUGUCACCUCCCCACUAGGAGAUGAAAAAAUGUUUGGCUCCACUUGUAGUUAUACCAGCUCUCCUGUGCAGCUCAUAGGGCAGCACGACAGCUUAAUCUCAGAGCUCCGUAAUAUUUUACAUAACCAUAACAAGUCAAACAACAAUCUAGGCUCAAUUGCCAAUAGUGAACACCAUGAUUUGAUGGUGACCAGUAGUAAAACGUUAAAUGGCCAAACCUCACCAUGUAUGAACAGUACUGUGGAUCCGGGAAGUAGAUCCAACGCAUAUGAUGAAAUCCAAUUAUCCAAAGAACUUCUUAGCAUUUCAAAUAAAAAUCUGGAAACCCUGGACAGAACCCAGUGCAGUGACACCAAGACCACAGACACAAUACCACUCCCUUCCUCUGUCUAUCCUUCUGCACUGUCCUCUUGUCCUGUCACAAACCAGCCACCUCCCAGGCUUAGAGGCAGGGUCUCUGUGUCACAGCCUUCCAGAUCUGACGGUGAACAAACAGGACUGACAUCUAAAAGCCCCGUAAUGCUCACAGAUUCCCCGGUUAAUACCCUGAACUCAAAUUCUGUUGUGCAUCCUCAUCACACACAGAACACAGGACCAGACCUCACAGAGUCUGAAAAGAGCUAUGUGCAACCACAAGCACAGCAGAGAAGAGAGAGCAUGGAGAGGAGUCAGACUCCACAGGAUGCGAUUUGUUAUCAGGCCUUGUACAGCUACUUGCCACAAAAUGAAGAUGAAUUGGAGCUCAAAGAAGGGGAUAUUGUCGACGUGAUGGAGAAAUGUGAUGAUGGCUGGUUUGUAGGUACUUCAAGAAGAACAAAGCUUUUUGGUACAUUUCCAGGCAAUUACGUAAAAUCUGUAUACUACUAAAGAAGUCGCAUUUUCAGAAUUGUGAAGUUACAUCCAUAAAAAACCCCGCUCGUUGAUAUAAUGCGAACUAAAGGCAUCCUGUUGAAUGUAUUAGAUAAGGUUAUAAAUAUAAAGAGAUUUACAUGCCUCAGUGCUGACUAUGAGUUCUAUCAUCCUAAUUUUCUUACACUUGAAAAAAACAAACAAACAGUAUUUCGUAUUAUUCAGAUUUUAAUUAACCUGUUGACUUUUGGAUAUUAUUUUAUUCAUGACCGAAUAUUGUAUUUAAUAGUUUUAUUUUUUCAAACCUAUUGCUUAUAUUAAGACAAUGAUAAGAAUCACAUAUUUUUUUUGUUUAACAUCCAUUUUUUUGCUGUUACGUUUGCAUUUUUUGUACUUCAGAUAACACUGUGUAAUGGUUAUUUAUAGAAUGCUUUUUUGGGCAAUCUGUUGAUACGUUGGAGGGAUUAGCAUGUUGUAGACGCAUGCCACAAAUUUUUGUAGGCAGUCAAAUAGGAGAGCCUUUGAGUGCUGUAGCGCAUCACACACCCACUGGCAAUAUUAAGUCUAGAAGGAUGUGAUGGACUGAACGUUUUCUCCAAAGCUUAGAAUGCACACUUACUGUCAAUGGCUAGUGAGUUUACAGAACUUACGGACUACUGUUAUAUUUAAAAAAAAAAUAAUUAAAAAUACAUUUAUGAAGUGCUAAAUGAUCAGGGACAGUUUUGAGUGAAUAACGAUUGCAGCAGAACAUAAUACCUAGAUUUAGAAUGUAACACUUUAAAGCUAUAUUUAUCAAACAAAAAAAAAUAAUCAUAGUGGUCUUGUGUAAAAUUAGCAUUUUUCUUUUGCCCCCACAAAGAUUUCAGCCUUAACCAGUCUCUGUAUUCAAUAGCCAAACCCCUGAAAAUAUACUGUAUAAAUCUGAAGAUUUAUUUUUCUAAAUGCCUCCAAAUAUUAAUGUGCAACCCUUAAUUGGGGUUGGCGGUUGACAUGAAAACUAUGGCUACUCUUUUCCAUGGUUAAAAGAUUCAGGAGCACAUUUUUUUAUUAGAUUCUUGUUAAUUUUUUUCCCCCAAUAGUUCAUGAAUAUCUUAAAGGUAAUCUGUUUAACCUGUAGGUCCACAGGUAUUUUAUAUCUUAAAGAAUUUACUGUGAAACGCCAGCAUAACUGACCGACCCUAUAAUUUAGCAUUUCAAAGUGAACUUCACACUGAAAGUGGUAGCAAAAGUCUAGAUCAAACAGUAUCUACUAUGUUAGCAAAAUGCCCUGUUCAAGGUCGUGUCUCAAUGUCCUGUUCUUUAAAAAGCACCCAUUUAAAAUCUCCGCCAGAAAUACAAUUUAAAUUAUUGGGUCCAAUCCGUCAAAAAAGCACAAUGUUGGUUCUGUAUAAAUAAGAUGAAACCAUUAAGCUAUGAUGCAUCUACCAACAACAUGUUUGCGAUGACAAUAUGUAACUGUACUUUUAGCAUAACAUACUAGCUUUUUUGAGACAUAGUGGGUAUAAAUGUGCGGUUUACCCUCUUUAUUUCUCUUCCAUAACAUUUACAUACAAGGCCGAUUUUUUUUUUUUUUUUUGUUUGUUUGUUUGUUUUUAAUGAAGAAUCCCCACAUUUUUUUCAUAUUUUAUUUUUUCAUUUCUUUUCGGUUCAGAUACCUGCUUUAGAUUAUGUUCAUUCAUAAGGAAAGAAAGAAACGCUGGUAUUUGUUAGCAGCUCAAAAGUGUCCAGGAAUAGGAUAAAACAAUCCUUUUGGCACAUCUUCAUCAAACAAAAAUUCACAAAUUGUACACAACUGUAAAAAAAAAAAACAUUUUACUACCAACAAAAGGUAAAAAAAUAAAACAGAUUGAGAAUGUUCUUUUGUCAUAAUAUAAGAUAUAUUUAAUAAUGUAAAAUGGCUAUUUUUUUUUGCUAGUGCUUUUCUACAGAUUUAUUAACAAUUGCAGCAAGAUUGGCAUGUCUAUCAAUAUGUUUUGAUAUAUUACAAGACUUCACGGUAUUAAAGAUUUUUUUUUUUUUCUUGUUGGGUUUUUUUUUUUUGCGCUAGGGACACAAGUACCUUCAAGGUAAAAUGGUUUCUAUGACGUUAGUGAUUGUAAAUAUGUAUAUUUGACUUUGUAAAGAACAUGACAUGUAUGUUACCAUGUAUAGAAAAAUAAUUUAAGUGGAUUGACAGAAAGAUAAAAUUACGAGAGUCGUGGGGAAAAAAGUGUUUUUGUUUUUUUUAAUUUAAUUUAAAUGAAGGAGGCUGAGAUAGAUAUCAGUUCAUAUGAAGAGUUGAGCACAAACUAUGUAGGACACAGUUAACAAAAAUGACACUGACCACCUUUUGAAAUACAUAUUCAUUGUUUUAUUAAUGUUUUAACCUGCAACUGCAUUUAAGCCACAGUAUUUAGAGCUAUGUUAAGAAUUGGAUAAAUCACAUAAAAAAUCCAUUAGUCAUAAUCUUCUGACUAUGUACUCCUGUACACUUACAUCAAUAUCAAAUUAUCACUUUGCUCUUCACUUUAAGAGUUAUGUUGUGUUGUUUUCAUAUUGCAGUGCAUUAUAUUUUCAAACAUAAUAAAUGAGAGCAUUAAA